ACACUGGGUAGAUACAAAGGAGGAGGACAGUCAACUCAAGAGUCUAAAGCUCACCAAGCUGGACGAAAACACAACUAGAGAACCAACAAUUGUUACCAAUGAGAUCUGGAAGUUUACCGCUGAGGCUAUCAACUUCCAGGCCUGCUCACUGCAGUAACACAUGUUUUGUAAAUCAGAGCUCAGACCUGCCCCAGUUCUACAUAGGAGAAACUCACAGAGUUAUUAUUACUGAGAGCUGAAAUGGAGCAAAGAGUAGUUCAACUAAACCGAGAUAAGGUGUCCUGCUCCAUCUGUUUGGAUCUACUGAAGGAUCCGGUGACUAUUCCCUGUGGACACAGCUACUGUAUGAACUGUAUUAAAGACCACUGGGAUGGAGAAGAUGAGAGGAGAAUCCACAGCUGCCCUCAGUGCAGGAAAGAGUUCAUACCGAAACCUGUCCUUGGAAAGAACAUCAUUUUGGCUUCAUUAGUGGAGGAUCUGGAGAAGACUGGACUCCAAGCUGCUCCAGCUGAUCACUGCUAUGCUGGACCUGAAGAUGUGGUCUGUGAUGUCUGCACUGGGAGGAAGAUGAAAGCUGUCAAGUCCUGUCUGGUUUGUUUAAUUUCUUACUGUGAGAAUCAUCUUCAGCCUCAUUAUGAAUCUCCUGCUUUUAAAAAACACAAGUUGGUGAAUCCCUCCAAGAACCUCCACCAAAACAUCUGCUUUCAUCAUGAUGAGGUGAUGAAGAUCUUCUGUCGUACUGAUCAGCAGUGUAUCUGUUAUCUCUGCUUAAUGGAUGGACAUAAAGACCACGAAACAGUCCCAGCUGCAGCAGAAAGAGCUGAGAAGCAGAAGAAGCUCCAGGAGAGUCGACAACAAAUCCAUCAGAGAAUCCAGGACCAAGAGAAAGAUGUGAAGCUGCUUCAACAGGAGGUGGAGGCCAUCAAUGUCUCUGCUGAUGAAGCAGUGGAGGACAGUGAGAAGAUCUUCACUGAACUGAUCCAUCUCCUCCAGGAAAGAAGCUCUGAUGUGAAGCAACAGAUCAGAUCCCAGCAGGAAACUGAAGUGAGUCGAGUCAAAGAUGUUCAGGAGAAGCUGGAGCAGGAGAUCACUGAGCUGAAGAGGAAAGACGCUGAGCUGGAGCAGCUCUCACACACAGAGGAUCACAACCAGUUUCUCCUCAACUACCCCUCACUGCCAGCACUCAGUGAGUCUACACACUCAUCCAGCAUCAACAUCCGUCCUCUGAGACACUUUGAGGACGUGACAGCAGCUGUGUCAGAGCUCAGAGAGAAACUACAGGAUGUUCUGAAAGAAACAUGGAGAAACAUCGAACUGGCAAUUAGUGAAGUUGAUGUUCUUCUGUCAGAACCAAAGUCCACAGCUGAACACUUCUUACCUCCCAUCGCACGAAAGUCAGGCUAUACCUUGGGCAUGCCCUUCUUUCUCAAUCUCCACCUCACAAAUGAACCAAAGACCAGAGCUGAAUUCUUAAAAUAUUUCCAAAAAAUCACUCUAGAUUCAAACACAGCACACAAGAAGCUGUUAUUAUCUGAGGGAAAUAGAAAAGCAACACUUCAAAACCAACAACAGUCUUAUCCUGAUCAUCCAGACAGAUUCACUAAUAGAUUUCAGGUCCUGAGCAGAGAGAGUCUGACUGAACGUUGUUACUGGGAGGUGGAGUGGAGAGGAGGAGGAGUUGUUGUAGCAGUUUCAUACAAGGACAUCAGCAGAGCAGAAGCAUUUGGUUCCAAUGACAAAUCUUGGUCAUUAUACUGUACUACAGAGAAGAAAAGAAAUCAACUUUAUCACAACAAAGUUCAAACUCCAGUAUCAGGUCCAGUUUCCUCCAGAAUAGGAGUUUAUCUGGACCACAGAGCAGGUAUUCUGUGUUUCUACAGCGUCUGUGAAACCAUGACUCUCCUCCACAGAGUCCAGACCAGAUUCACUCAGCCGCUACAUGCUGGAGUUGAGCCUUACUCUCAUGGAGACACUACUGAGUUCAUUGACCUGAAAUAGUUGUUAGUGAUCUGAGGUCCAGUUGGUUUAAAUGUGUAUUUUAGUUUAAGUUUCUUUUAUCUCCAUCAUUGUUGUAAUUUCCUCACUGCUGAGAAAUUUAUCAUUUUGUUUGUUGUUUUGUUGAUGUUGUAGUUUGUUUGGGUGCUGCCCCUUCCUGUUUCUGUUUAGCUACGGAGGCAAUCACUGCUAAGGAGGAUUUUUAUUCACCUAACCUAUUUACACUGGUUGCUUCUCAGACCAAAUGUUGUUGUUGAUGGAAAUGCCACUUUUCCUCAACAUCAUCAGUCAGGACAUUGUUAGACUGAGGAGAAGUCUCUAAUAUAUUGAUUUUCUUGUAAAACUGAACACAUUUUAACGUCAUCAAAAUAUAUUGAUUCAUAUGUCUCAGCAUUAGAGAAACUCAUCCAUGUGUUUAUAUUCAGUCUCAUUGAUUACUGCAACAGCGUUUUCUUUGGUCUGCCUAAAAAAUCCAUCCACCAGCUGCAGCUGAUCCAGAAUGCUGCUGUUGGAGUUCUGACUAAAAGCAGGAAGUUAGAGCACAUCACCCUCCAUUGGCUUCCUGUAGCUCAAAGAAUAGACCUUAAUAUAUUGUUGUUAGUUUAUAAAUCACUGAACAGCUUAGCACCACAAUACAU